GUGGCCUGGCGGAGUGUGUGGCCAGGCGCGGGAGCAGAGUCUGUGCCGCGCUUUCUCCCGCGGCCGCCAGCUCCGAGCGAGCACACUGGAGCCCGGGCACCGGGAGCGCGGCAGCCUCGGCGCGCCGCCGGCCCCGGAGCCGGCUGUGAAGGCCGGGACGUGCUGGACGCGCUGACUUUGGAGGCUCCGCCGAGAGGCGCCGUGGGAGGCCGUGGCCACCCGGAAGGCCGAUGUGCAAGACAGGUGUGCGUGCCAGGACGGUGGUCCUGGAGAUGAAGGCCUGGAGCUGCGGCCUGCAGACUCGGCUGUGCCCAUGGCCAUGACCCAGACUGCCCUGCGGCCCUGGGCACCCUGCCCGGAGAACAUGACCACUGCCCCGAACGGCCCCGGGCCAGGCCCUGCAGGCCCAGAUCUGAAAGACCUCAAGAUGGUGACCUCCACUGCAUGUGGAAACGGAGUCUGUGGCUGCAGCCCUGGUGGCGACACGGACGCCCAGGAAGCCAAACUCAGCCCAGCCAAGCUUGUGCGCCUCUUUUCCACCAGUCGGAAGAAGACGAACGCCCACCCUGAGCGGCCCCACUCUGUGGUCCUGAUGGGCAACUCUUCCGCGUGGAACACCCUUGCCUCCUUCCGGAAAAUGGGAUCCUUUAAGAAACUGAAGUCCUCAGUCCUGAAAGGAAUUCAGAGCCGAGAGGGGUUAAAUGCCUGUUCAAAGGGAGAGGCUUCAGAGCAUGGCCUGGCAAAACCCAUUGCAAAUGGCGCUGUCCCAGGAGCCCAGGCAAACAGGGACUCCCCCUUGGCACCAGGAUCAGCACGUGGCACCCCCAGGGCAACAGAGUGGGGCACAUUGGAUGGCUCUGACCCUGAGGACACAGAUGAUGCCUUUCAGCGGAGCACUCACCGCUCCCGCAGCCUCCGCAGAGCCUACGGCCUGGGCCGCAUCUGCCUGCUGGACAUGCCCCAGAACCAUGCCACACCCACAACAGCCACUGGCCAGGCCUCCACCACAUGCGAGAUUCUCAUGAGGGACCCUGAGAACAACAGCAUGGGCUGCAGGAAGAGCAAGAGCACCGACAACCUCGCCUUUCUGAAGAAGAGCUCCUUUAAGCGGAAGUCUACCUCCAAUCUCGCAGACCUCAGGACUGCCCAUGACACACAGGUGCCACAGAGGACCCUGAGCAGUUCCUCCGCUGACUCCCAAAAGCUCGGGUCAGGAAGGACCAAACGCUGGAGGAGCCCGAUAAGGGCCAAGGACUUUGACAGAGUCUUCAAACUUGUCAGCAAUGUGACCGAGGCUGCCUGGAGGAGGGAGAGUCCCAGGAGUGGGGCUCCAUCCCCUGGUGAGGCCAGCCUGAGACUCCAGGCACACAGCCAGCUGCAUGAUGACUACUCACGCCGUGUGUCCAGCAACACCGAGCAGGACAGCAGGCGGGGUGUGGUGGUCAUGCACAGCACCACUGCAGCCUGCUCUGUGGCCCAUGAUUUCAGCUCAGCCACCUCUAAGGGGCCCUGCAUAGUCACCGACACUGCCGUAUUUCCUCUUGAAGCCAGAAGUUCCUGGGCAGCGGAAAGCUACGGUCCUUGCAGUAGAAGCUCCUUGCCAAACCCGAUUGCCCAGAAUGUGUUGAGCAAAGACUGCCAUGACCCAGAGCCUGGCAGCCAGUCGACAUUUGACCCUGGGCAUCCUCCCACCCCUCUGCGGCCCACCACACCCAAGCCCCAAAGCCCUCAGAGCCCAGGGACAGGAAGUGCCAAGUGUCACAGCACUCACAGUGCCCUGUCCAUGAGUUCAGAGGAAAGUGAAGGAAGGACAGAAGAGCCUGAUCAGAGAGAGCCGGAGCCUGUGUCCUUGCAGGACUCCUUGGAAGCCACACAUAGUGAUGAGGGCAAGGGCCUUCUGGUGAACGUUGGUGGGGCAGCCGGCCCAGAAGAAAAGGAAGAGGAGGAGGUCGUCCCCGAUGGCCCCUGGAGGCGAGGCUCAUCACAGGACGAGGACAGGACAGAAGCACAGAGAACCCCCAGGAGGAGGUGGGGCUCCGGGAGAUGGCCCAGGCCUCGGCCACUCUCUGACUACAGCCAGCUGGCCAGCCGCAGUUUGUCCAUUCCUGAAGACGCGGUUGCCACAGACCCCCAGAAGGAGGACCGUGUGGACAAGGACCCCCAGGCAAGCAUCACUUCUGCCAGCCAUGAAGACCAGAAUGCUCCGGCGGGCGGCCCCAAAGGAGCCAGGAGAAGACGCCCCAUUUCUGUGAUAGGAGGGGUCAGCUUGUAUGGGACCAACCAGACAGAGGAACUGGAGAAUCUUCUGACCCAACCGGCCUCCAGGCCGCCCUUGCCUGCUCACCAGGUGCCACCCUACAAGGCUGUGUCGGCCCGGUUCCGGCCCUUCACUUUCUCCCAGAGCACCCCCAUUGGGCUGGAUCGCGUGGGACGCCGACGGCAGAUGAGAGCAUCCAACAUUUCUUCAGAUGGAGGUACUGAGCCCUCUGCCUUAGUGGAUGACAAUGGAAGUGAGGAAGACUUCAGCUAUGAAGACCUCUGCCAGGCCAGCCCUCGGUACCUGCAGCCUGGCGGGGAGCAGCUGGCCAUCAAUGAGCUGAUCAGUGAUGGCAAUGUGGUCUGCGCAGAAGCCCUGUGGGACCACGUGACCAUGGAUGACCAGGAACUGGGCUUCAAAGCUGGGGAUGUCAUCCAGGUUUUGGAAGCCUCCAACAAGGACUGGUGGUGGGGCCGCAGCGAAGAUAAGGAGGCCUGGUUCCCUGCAAGCUUUGUCAGAUUGCGAGUGAAUCAGGAAGAGCUGUCGGAAAACUCCAGCAGCACCCCCAGCGAGGAGCAGCACGAGGAGGCCAGCCAGAGCCGCCACAGACACUGCGAGAACAAGCAGCAGAUGCGGACCAACGUCAUCCGAGAGAUCCUGGACACCGAGCGGGUGUACAUCAAACACCUCAGGGACAUCUGCGAGGGAUACAUCCGACAGUGCCGUAAGCACACAGCAAUGUUCACUGGUGCGCAGCUCGCCACUAUUUUUGGAAACAUUGAAGACAUUUACAAAUUCCAAAGAAAGUUUCUGAAAGACCUUGAGAAACAGUACAACAAAGAGGAACCUCACUUAAGUGAAAUAGGAUCUUGCUUUCUCCAACAUCAAGAGGGCUUUGCCAUCUAUUCCGAGUACUGCAAUAACCACCCGGGUGCCUGCCUGGAGCUCGCCAACCUCAUGAAGCAGGGCAAGUACAGACACUUCUUCGAAGCCUGCCGCCUGCUGCAGCAGAUGAUUGACAUCGCCAUCGACGGGUUCCUGCUCACCCCGGUGCAGAAGAUCUGCAAAUACCCGCUGCAGCUGGCUGAGCUGCUCAAGUAUACCACGCAGGAACACAGUGAUUACAGCAACAUCAAGGCAGCGUAUGAGGCCAUGAAGAAUGUGGCUUGUCUGAUCAAUGAGCGGAAGCGCAAGCUGGAGAGCAUCGACAAGAUAGCUCGCUGGCAGGUGUCCAUCGUGGGCUGGGAGGGACUGGAUAUCUUAGACCGAAGCUCAGAAUUGAUUCAUUCUGGGGAACUGACCAAAAUCACGAAGCAGGGCAAGAACCAGCAGCGGACGUUCUUCCUGUUUGACCACCAGCUGGUGUCCUGUAAGAAGGACCUGCUGCGCAGGGACAUGCUGUACUACAAGGGCCGGCUGGACAUGGAUGACGUGGCGCUCGUGGACGUGGAGGACGGGCGUGACAAGGACUGCAACCUCAGCGUGAAAAAUGCCUUCAAGCUUGUCAGCAGGACCACGGAUGAGGUUCAUCUGUUUUGUGCCAAAAAACUAGAAGACAAGGCAAGAUGGCUGCAGGCCUGUGCAGAUGAAAGGAGGCGGGUGCAGGAGGACCAGGAGUUGGGAAUGGAAAUUUCAGAAAACCAGAAGAAACUUGCCAUGUUAAAUGCUCAAAAGGCAGGACAUGGAAAGUCAAAAGGCUACGGCGGGUGCCCCAUGGCCCCACCACACCAGAGCCUACACCCUAUCCACCAGCGCCAUGUCACUGUGCCCACCAGCGUCCCCCAGCAGCAGGUCUUUGGCCUGGCAGAACCCAAGAGGAAGCCCUCGUUCUUCUGGCACACCUUCAAUAGGCUCACUCCGUUCCGGAAAUGAAAGCGGGAGGCCGCGCUUCCACGGAGGUGGCUGUCAAAAGGAGAACUGUCUUUGUUUCUGGUAUCCUUCAAUCCAGGGAAAGUUUCUUGGACCCAGUGAUAAAAACGUCCUUUGUGGGAUCAAGGAAGGAGAGAAAAGUCUUGGACUCACCUUCAGUCUUUGGAGACCCAGCUGCCUUUGCGGAAGGGAGGAGAAGGUCACAACACACAGCUUUAUCCUGCACAGAAAGCCCCAUGACCCGCUGUGCAUGGCCGAGACGUGGGACUCAGUACCAUGCUCUAGAGUGAAUGGUGAGGUAGCAGCUGCAGCCACCCCUGCUACUGAUGAGCACAUGCCUGCUGCAGGUCCAAACACAGCGUCCAGGGCUUUGCAGUUCCUAAGAAGUGAUGACGUUAGAGGAUCGCUUCUGCAUUCGAUUUUCAAGGAUGUCGUCGAGGCAGGGUUGAGGCAGUGCUGCGCAUGUCUGCUCACACUUAGAAAGUGAGCUCUGGCUCCCUUCUGUAAUCCUGGGGACCUGCAGCUGCCGUGGAGCCAACCGUGGUGUUCCCGGCAUUGUCAGUGUCCACACAGAUGAUGAACGGUGGUAGCACAAACGUCGUCUUGCAAGUUUCCUCUUCCUGCAGGCGAAGGGGAGUGAAACACGGUAUGUCUAUCACCUUGCAUCGCGGUCCUCAGUGCAGUGACUUACGCAUCCUUAAGAAUCCACGGCUUUUCAGGCAAGGAGGGAGAAAUCCUACUGCGCGCUGGCUUUGUCUCAAAAUCAGGUUCCCUCCUACCUGCACGCCCUGAGUAAAUCCGAGUGGAAAUCACGUCUAGCCCACACACUGUAACUUAAGAAACUGCCAUUCAGGGCUGGGCACGGUGGCUCACACCUGUAAUCCCAGCACUUUGGGAGGCCAAGGCAGGUGGAUCACCUGAGGUCAGGAGUUCAAGACCAGCCUGGCUAACAUGGCAAAACCCAGUCUGUACUAAAAAUACAAAAGUUAGCUGGGUAUGGUGAUGCAUGCCUGUAAUCCCAGCUACUCAGGAGGCUGAGGCAGAAGAAUCUCUUGAACCUGGGAGGUGGAGGUUGCAAUGAGCCGACAUCUCACCACUGCAUUUCAGCCUGGGUGAUAAAGCGAGACUCUGUCUCCGGGGGAAAAAUAAAAAAAAAAAAACAAAGACUGCCAUUCAGACAACUGUUUGCAAUAUAAAAGCUCAUUUACUCUAAUAUAUGUGAUACCAGUGAACAUGAAAAUACACUGGUUGGAAAGCAUUCUCAAAGAGCCGCACUGCUGCUGAUGUCAUUCUUACCAGUGAAAUCUCAAAGACAGGCAAAGCAGUCCUGCUUCUUGGGAAUCGGAAGGUGCCUUUAUCACAUAAGCCCAAACAGUGGGGCAUAACUGCGCCACCUGAGCAUGUCAGCAGGCUUCUGAGGACUUGUUCUUUAUAAAAGGGACCUUUGCAAAAUAUCUAGGCUCAGAGAUAGCAGUCUUUAUUAACAAAGGCCACGUGGGCUGACACCUGCAGAUAAUCAUCUCCUUUUUUUGUGUGUUGCAUAUUUUCAUGACAUAACUUUUAACCAUGUCUAGAAAAGGCAGGCUCUGCAAGAAAGAUGCCCUUUCAACCCACUCAGUGCCCUGGACAGGAGAUACUGUGUUACACUGUUAGUGGAUUUCUAUUUGAGAAGCUCAUUUUUGUAUGCGACUCUCGGAAAGUUCUUUUUUCUAACAGGCCCGUGUUUGAGAAUAAACAAAUCUGCAAUGUCAAAGACAAAGGUGUAUUCAGACUCCAGGUGUGUGUUUCCUCCAUUCUCCCCUGCAGCCCCGCGCAUCCAGAGCCAGUCCCGAGGGGUGACAUCAUGCGUCAAGAAAAAAAUGACAUUGGCCCUCUCGGGUGGACCCUUGGAACAUUCCGUGACAGCUGAUGGCUGUGCUGUGCCACCUUGGCACACAUGCUUAGGGCAGCAUUGCCAAGGGUUACCAUGCCCCAUGGCUGACAGCCCCUGGGUUGCUUCUGUGGACUGUCAUGGAGUCCUGAGUCUGGAGUCUCCUGAGACCGAAGCUGCUGCAGGAAGGAACUUCUGAAGAGGUGCUGUGGUGUGUCGGGGUGUGUGUGUUUCCUUCUUGAACAGACAUGCCAACAGUAGUUGUGUUUAUAGAACUGACCUUUUUACUAACAAAAUACAGUGGUAUAUUUUGGAAGCUAUACUCGAUAUGCUUUUCCUGCACACCUCAGCAAUAACCGUAGGGGUCUCUGUGCUAGACUGGUUUGUCUGUACAGCAUUUUGAACAAAUUGUUUUAAAUAUAGUAAGAGAAUUAGUUUAAGGAAGUAAAGAGAAUCGUUUGCUUAUGUUACAUUUUCAGUGAGGAUUCAGUUUAAGCCAAGAGUCACUCUUAGGGCUUCCAUUUCCUAAAUUAUUCAUGGGUAAUGAAGAAAUGCUUUACAUUUUGUGGCCAGUCCUAAUUUAUUUUCCAGCUGAGCCCUAACCUCCGGUUCCCACCUACCUCCACAGACUUCCUAACACAGAAUCAUGAAUACCAGGACGUGUUUUUGUUAAGUCGGGUUCAGUUCAAGUCCUGAGGUUGCCCCAGUCAGUUUUAUACAGUGUGAGGGUCAGUCGAUGAAAUCUCCCUCCUAGGUAGAUCCUACUUGGAUGUACAGGUGAUUUUGAAAACUGUUAACAUUUUUAAAAGGUUAAAACAUCCUUUGACUUCUUGAAAAUCCGUAUGUCUGACUUGGUUAUUAUGACCACGUGCCUGAGUUCUUCAAAGGAUGGAAGGCUCAAGUAUUCUCGUUUUCUGUUUGCCAGAAUUCCUUCCUGAUUUGAGUCACAUGUUCCACUUGGAGAAAAAAGGGAACAGAGCGCCUCCUCAUGGACAGUGUAUGAAAUUUCUUUGGGAAUCUGGCUGACCCCAACCUCUGCCUUUCUCUCUUUUUAACCUUACAUUACAUAAUAUUAUAGACAGGCCCAAAAAAGAAAAGAUGACAACAUUUUGAUGAAUUUCACCUAUUCUUCACAUCUCAGAAUUUGUCACCUUUGUUGGAACACAGUUGAAAUAGCCUGGGGUCAAAAGCAAUCUUCUCAAUUUUGAUCAUGCCUAAGACCUAUUAACAACCUUGCAGUAGAUUGUGAGCAAUUAUAAAAUCGUAAAAUUGAAUGUUUGCAGAAUCCUGGAGCAAUAGCUUCCUUGGUCUUUGGCCUGGGAGGGCAGCACUAGUCUGCGGGAGCUUCCCUGGGAUACCAGCCACAUGGUUUAUUUUCCUUAGAUCUGAUUUGUGUGUCCCAUGGGUAGAUCUAAUUUUGUAAACAUUUCGCCACCAUCAAACACUAUUUCUGAAUAUUGUGCCUUUUCAUACCUAGCCUAGAUAAAAAUCGAUCCCAUGCUUGUUCAGGAACUCCCCACAUUCUACAUGACUAUUAUCUAGACACAAAAGGGCAUUUAAUUCAAAAUUUGGUUCACAAUGUAAAUAUUUUGUAAAAGCCAGCUGACCCAGCUUUUUACCAGGUGGAAAUCUCUGCAAACCAAAUUGCUGAUAUUCCUUCAUACAGAUGGACUUGGUGUCCUAGCCAGAAUAGAACAGCAUAAUUACCUGGAGUUAGGGGGAGUAUUUCUGUACUAUUGCUUGUCAAGGAGAGAAGAAACCUACAAGUGUCCUUCAACGGACAAUGCCAAGAAGUAUGAAGAAAUGUCCUUUCACUAACUCACAGGCCAGGGAUUCGGGACCCAGGUCAGCUAGGUGAAACUGCUAGCAGACCCAGCUUUCCCGAAAUAACCGAAUCUGCAAACUAUUCUCCCUAUUGAAGUUUCCCUUGGCUAACGGUGUUGUUUUCAGGGUGCAAUGAAAGUGGAUUUCAAAAGGCUUUGGAAAAACAAGUGGAACAUGACCUAUCUUGAAGGAAAAAUAGCAAAAGCUUAAAUAUUUGAUGUAGGUUUACUUGACUACAACAUACUUUACAUUGUUGCCUUUACUUAUCUCACAGGCAUUAACAUUCUGUAUUUAGAAAAUACUUCAACUAUUUCUAAUCUUUUUUUGUAAGUAUUAGUGUCCAUCCAUUGUGUAUGACUUGCUUAUCCACUUUGCAAGGCUUUGGGCAACCUUUUAGCUCAUUUACUUCAAGAUGAUAUCUAUAUAGGUCAAAGGGUGGGACUUAACUGAGGAAUUCGCUGUUGACAGCUGAGGUAUGGUGUACAGGAUUGAUGUAACUUGAUAUGUAUUUUUGUUGAAGUUUUUUGUAAAAAAAAUUAUUUACAAUGUUAUUUGAUUUUUUAAAUGCUGUGAAUCUAUAUUUGUUGUUUUAUAUAUUAAAAUUAAUUUGCCAAA